CGCUAUAAUACUAACCCAAAGUUCCACUCUCUCACAUACAGACACACAAAACCUCUCCUUAUCAUAAGAAGGCCAAGCAUUCACAGUCUCGAAGACUCUGAGAGAGAGAGAGAGAGCGGGCCAAUGGAGGAAGAGGUAGGAGGAGAAGAGUACUUGUUCAAGGUGGUGCUGAUAGGAGACUCGGCAGUGGGCAAGUCGAACCUGCUCUCGCGGUUCGCUCGAAACGAGUUCGACCCCAACAACAAAGCCACAAUUGGGGUUGAGUUUCUGACCCAGGAAUUGGAAAUCGAUGGAAAAAUGGUGAAGGCCCAGAUCUGGGACACUGCUGGUCAAGAACGCUUCAGGGCUGUGACCUCUGCUUACUAUAGAGGCGCUGUUGGUGCUCUUAUUGUCUAUGAUAUCAGUAGGAAGACCACCUUUGAGAGUGUCAAGCGCUGGCUCGAUGAGCUUACCACUCAUUGCGAAACAACAGUAGCAAGGAUGUUGGUAGGAAAUAAGUGUGAUUUGGAGGAUAUCAGGGAUGUGAGCGUGGAAGAUGGCAAAAGCCUUGCAGAAGAAGAAGGCCUAUUCUUCAUGGAGACUUCUGCACUGAAUGCUACCAACGUUCAAACGGCUUUCGAGAUGGUUUACAAGGCCGAGUUAUCUGUCAAUAGAGUAAACCUGGUGAAAAAUGGGGCAGACUCAAGGAAAAGUCGGAUGAAUCUCUCGUGUUGUGCCGGAUGA